AUGUCCGAUUCUUACAAGGCCACUUGGUUUAUGGACGCUGAUACGGUUAGAAGCGAACUGAAGGACAUUCUGAAUGCGUCCAAGUAUGGCAAAAAGUUCAUGGAUCCCCUGCAUUCCGAGUUAGUCUACCACCUGGUCCACCUCUGGAAAAAGAACGUCCCCAAGUCCCUGGAUCCCACCCGUUACUACGAGCUUGAUUUGGAUACCGAUAUCGUCAAGCGUCUCUUCGACGCACUGCCUUCCAUCCACGACGAUUACAAUGCGACCAAGCCCAUACAGCUUGAGCCCGAGAACAAAGAGUCGCUUGACUCGGGUCUCUUUCCCCGGACUCGCGAAGCGUACGACUGCGCAGACGUUGGCCGCGCCAGAUUGGCAGCGCAUAAUGCGGCUUUCGUCCACGCCCUCUGGCCCUACGCCAACUCGACCUUAAGGAGGGUCGUCGUCGCGUCCCUCGACACGCAUUCCAUCAAGCUCUGGUGGGCCGCCCGCAAGAGUUUCACCCUCUGGGACCUGGACGCCCCGGACGAGUUGCGCUUCAACUCCAUCCGCAACACCUUCAUGCAGUACCUCGCCGGUCUCAUAACCACGCAGCAGGCCCCGUUCGAGGACCCCGAAAACCCCACGCCGCCUUGCCAACAGGGGGAGCUCAAAGGGCUCACGCCCCCAAUGGAUAAGAAGAGCGAAUGGAUCUACUACAGCUGGUGGAUUUACAUCGGUCGUCCGGACAAUCUGAGCCCUUUCCCGGAGCUUCGCAGGGUCUCCGCCCGAACCCGGGACCUCGGUGGCCUCCUCGACUGGGACAAGUGCGCCGUGUGCGGCUCCCGCUACUCGAAAGAAGGGGAAGACGACGGGCGGAAGAGACCCGUCCAUCUCUACUGCUCCGGCUGCGUCAUCGUCGGCAACCCGCACUACCACCACCUCAAGCGCCGCUAUUGCAGCGAGGCCUGCCGCCGCCUCGACCUCGCCGACCACUUCCCGCGCUGCCAGCAGCAGAAGACCUUCCUCCACGGGGUAUGCUUCCUCGAGAGCUUGGCCCGCAGGUUCCUCGAGGCCACGUUUACCGGCACCGUUGCCAGCUACUCGGCCGGCCCCUUCGCCGACAUGCCCGAGUCGGCCGGGAAAACGCUCCGCCGCGCCGCCGAGUCCCACGUCGUCUUCCCCGCCGUCUUCUCGAAGGCGCCGUGGACCGGCGGGUCGCUCUUUCUCAAGCCCGAGCUUCGCGAGGAGAUACUGAAGGAGGCGGGAGGGGCCAACCAUGCGAUGCUGGCCUGGGACACCGGCGAGCAUUGGUAUAUUCAGCUGCGGCACCUCAUUGUGGACAUUUUUAAAGAGCACUGCGACAAGAUCCUGGAGCUCAGCGUCUACGUCCGCAACGCCGACUCGAUCUCUUUCCUCGGAAAUGACCUGUGCCGCAAGACCAAUACCGUCUUGACCUAUCACGGCAAGAACCCCAUGUUCUGGCCUCAUCACGUCCUGUAUUGCCGGCUGCGUGGCACGGGGGCCGAGUUCGUCAUCGACCUGCGAUCUCUCAUCUUUGGCUGGGACAUCGCCGUCUUGCCCUUCAACGUCUUUGCCGCCACACGCCUCGCCGGUAUAGCCGGUCCUAGCGUCUCCCUCUUCGACCACACGGCGGUCGACAAGGCCGUUAUCAUCCCAAACUACCGCAUCGGUAUUCAGAAGGCCCGCGCGAACGUCAUGGUUUAUGCCCUGACCGACGCGUGGAAGCACCUCAAGGUGUCGCCGGACAUCCACCCUCGAAACCGCAGCAAGCUCACCAACUCGCUAGGGGGCUUCCUGGCCAUGAGAGACGCCAGAUGGCAGGUUGUUGCCACGAAGAUGGCCGGCGUCAUGGGGGCCGCCUUCGAAGCCGCGGCCGAGUUGGCGCGCGAGGAGGGCAAGUUCCGCCAAUACCUCCGGGUCAACACGAACCCGUACGGCCAUGUGUUCAGCGUGGGCGUGACCUACUCGAACGACCAGGUGGCGCUGUGCGAGCCCGUAUGGAUGGGGCGGAAGACGUACCGCGCCAUCAUUGGGAACACGCUGGCCAGAACGGUGGUACAGCAGGACCCCGAGGGGAAUGUGGCCAGUGGACCACCGCCGCCCUUCCCGGAGUACGACGUCCGAGACGUCUUGGCCCGUUGGACGGAAAUGUUGAAAUCCGCCUUUGCAAAGGACCCCCCAGAGAAAACCCCUCUUCGCGCCAAGGCUUUCGAGGCGGUCCACGGGGACCUGGUCAGGCUGUUUGAGCUCAGGGGCUUGGUCAUGCCCAGGCAGGAAAUCAACCAAGCUUACGUUCUCUUCAAAGUGUGGGAGAAUCAACUCGCCCUGAUGGAGUGGAAAGAGAGAGAGGGGCUUUUUAAAGACUAUAGGAGUGUCGUCAAAGACCUCUCAGCCCAGUUCGAGGAGUUUGUCGACUCCAUCCGCCCGACCAGCGAGGGCCCCGACGAUAAUACCAGCCAUUUAGCCCUCGCCGAUUCCGACGCCGACGCUAAGCAGCCUCAGGCGGCCGACGACGACACAAAGGCUGCUGCCACCAGCGGAGGUUUGAACGGCGACGCCAAGGAGGAGGAGGAGGAGGAGGCCGCCGACGAGGUUGUCAAGGUUGUUUCCUUCGGCCCGGACCUGAUGCUCCCGCAAGAAACGGCCUCGUACGCCAUAUCGCUCGCAACCGCAAAGAAUCUCAGCAAUCGCGCGGCCUGGUGCACCCUCGUGCUUCGUGACGCUGAGACUGACUUUACAGCCUCCCGGCCUCCGCCCCUUGGGGGCCCCCAGCCUCCUCCGGGACUUGGCAGGCCACGAGGCACGGGUGCCCCUUUGGGUAUCAUGGUCAGAGCCCUACAGGAAUCCGGCUACGGCAAUAUAUCCUAUGGGAGUUUGGAGCCUUGGGUCGCGUCCCGGAUGAAGCUCCAGCAGAUGCGCAGUCCACAUGCGAUACGUCCUGACGAGAAUGGCGGUGGUUGAUUCUUACAAUGAUAAAGACGAAGAGGCGGUGUAUAAGUUAUAAGGUAUUGCUUUAAGUUAGGAGAAGAGAGUGUGAUCAGAUCCUGGCUGAAGGCAGACAAGUCGGAAAAGGGGGGAUGAUGAACGUGCUCAGGAGUCGUAAAAAAAGGUAUCAUACAAUACACCCCAAUGCGGGCCAUGCCGCCGUUGUCAUACAGACAGUAUACUACAUGAAGCCCCUAUUACUUUAAGUAGAAAUAAAUAGUGAUAUUCAGUCCACGUUACACGUUAACAAAAGAAAAAGAGAAGGCGGAAAAAAAGCUAAAAGAAACCAGUCUUCGGAUCGUCCCAUGACUCCCAUC